UGGCUGGAAGCGCGCGGCCUUUUUUGUUACUCCUCUCGUGAGGCCAACAGACCGGUUCCGAAGCGUGAGAGCGCGAUAAGGGGAGGACGUCGCGUGAACCGGCUGCGCUUUAACCGCCAAUCGGUGACAUACUGACUAGAGCGCCUGAAUGAGAGGGAGAGAGAGAAAGGGAAAGCCGAAGCGAAAAAACAAGUGUAGCCUUUACACCAUCCCAAACAUGGACUCGUCUCUUCUCUCCGUCGCCGUGAUUCUAGUUUUCUUCUCUUCCCAUCACGCUCUUUCUACCUCCGAUGUUCCCUCUACCUCAUUCAUUCUGCCGUUCACCGACUGUCUCCAGAGCCGCGGGAGGGACGGGUUCUACCAGGGCGCGGUGGAUAUAACGGAGUCCGGUGCGGUGUGUAUGCGAUGGAGCGAGGUAGCGGGGUUUGAGGAGCGCUACCCGGAAAGAGGGCUUGGGAAUCAUAACCGCUGUCGGAACCCGGAUAACCGGAUCAGACCCUGGUGCUUCUUUAGGAACAGCCGCGGCAGAACGGACUGGGGAUACUGCGACUGCAAACAAGGGUCUGUGCGUCUGCAGGCAGGUCGUUCUAAGCUGGAUGGUCGGGUGGAGGUGUACCUGGGGGGGGUCUGGGGGUCUGUGUGUAGCAGUGACUGGGACGAGACUGACGCCACUGUGGUGUGUAGACAACUGGGGCCCGGGUUCACUGGGCGAGCACGCACCUCUGCCCUGUCUCCUCGAGAGGGCGUGUCCAGACUGCACUGGGUGGCGGUCCAUUGUCAGGGGGAGGAGCCUGAUGUACUCCACUGCCCCAGCGUUCCGUGGAACGGAGAGGAAUGUCUCCAGGCUGCAGCCGUAACCUGUACCCCUCAGGAAGUGUUAUCUGUGGUGCCAGUGAGGUUGAUAGGGGGGUUGUCGGCGAGGGAGGGCCGUGUGGAGGUGUUUCACGGGGGACUGUGGGGUUCCGUCUGUGACGACCAAUGGGACGACAGAGAUGCAGAGGUGGUAUGUCGACAGCUGGGCCUUGGGGGUGUUGCGAGGGCAUGGAGUGGGGCUCAUUUUGGGGCGGGGUCUGGCAGGGUGUGGCUGGAUGAGGUGCAGUGUACUGGGAAUGAACUGACCCUGGAACAGUGUCCCAAAUCAGCCUGGGAGGAUCACAACUGUUUGCACACCGAGGAUGCUGGAGUGUCCUGUACCCCUCUGACCGACGGCUCAGUUCGGUUGGCAGGAGGUCGUGAGAGUUCAGAGGGCAGACUGGAGGUGUUCUAUAGAGGCCAGUGGGGGACUGUCUGUGAUGAUGGAUGGACUGACUCUAACACCCAGGUGGUCUGUAGACAGCUUGGAUACAGGUUCGGGGAGUCACUUCCUCCUCAAAGUUCAGAGGUCAUCCCAGGUGGCCAGUUCACGGUGGGCUCAGGUCCCAUCCUAUUGGACGAUGUGAGCUGUACAGGGAAGGAGCCUGGCCUAUCGAUGUGCAGCAGGAGGGAGUGGUUGAGACAUGACUGCUCACAUCAGGAAGACGUUAACGUUCGUUGUCGAGAGAAACUGUCACACAUCACCUCCAGUGUACUGGUGCGGCUGGCAGGAGGGGAGACUCCCAAGGAGGGCAGAGUGGAGGUGUUUCUCCAGGGCACCUGGGGCACGGUGUGUGAUGACGGAUGGACUGACACAGAUGCUGAGGUGGUGUGUCGACAGCUGGGAUACAGUGGAGUGGCGAAGGCCCGGGUGAUGGCGUAUUUUGGCGAGGGGGAGGGGCCUAUACACGUAGACAAUGUGAAGUGUUCUGGGGAGGAGCGUUCAUUGGCCGACUGCCUCAAACAGCCUGCCGGAACACACAACUGCCGCCAUAGUGAGGAUGCCGGUGUCAUCUGCGACUAUGGCCAAUCACAGCACACUGUCACGGAGGUCAAAGACGGGCGGGAGUCUGUGUGUGGUGUGAGGCUGGUACACACUCGCCAGCGCAGGAUCACAGGAGGCCAGAACUCACUGAGGGGGGGCUGGCCCUGGCAGGCAGCAGUUCGUCUCAGAGGGUCUCGUGGGGAUGGGAGGUUGGUGUGUGGAGCGACGCUCAUCAGGUCCUGUUGGAUCCUCACCUCUGCACACUGCUUCAAGAGGUAUGGUAACAACACUAAGCUGUACAAGGUCAGAGUGGGGGAUUACCAUUCUCUGGUCCCUGAGGAGUCAGAGGAGGAGUACGCCCUGGACCACAUCGUCCUGCAUCCCAGCUACCGUCCCCAUAGCAACGACUACGACCUGGCGUUGGUGCGUCUUUCGCCAGGUGUGGCGGGGAAGGAGCGUGACCGGUGUGUGGCUUUCGGUCGGGACGUCCUGCCGGCAUGUCUGCCACUCCGCAAAGAGAGAGUCCUGAAACACGCUUCUAACUGUCAUAUCACUGGGUGGGGAGACACUGGUAAGAGAGUCCUGAAACACGCUUCUAACUGUCAUAUCACUGGGUGGGGAGACACUGGUAAGAGAGACCUGAAACACGCUUCUAACUGUCAUAUCACUGGGUGGGGAGACACUGGUAAGAGAGUCCUGAAACACGCUUCUAACUGUCAUAUCACUGGGUGGGGAGACACUGGUAAGAGAGACCUGAAACACGCUUCUAACUGUCAUAUCACUGGGUGGGGAGACACUGGUAAGAGAGUCCUGAAACACGCUUCUAACUGUCACAUCACUGGGUGGGGAGACACUGGUCGUUCGUACUCCAAGACUCUCCAACAGGCCCCUAUCUCCCUCCUCCCCCGUCGCCACUGCCAACAGCGUUACCAUGGGGCCUUCACCAGCCGCAUGCUCUGCGCCGGCAGCGACAGCCAAUCAGAACGCCGCGUGGACAGUUGCCGGGGCGACAGCGGUGGCCCUUUGGUGUGUGAGCGUCCAGGCGGAGGAUGGGUGGUGUACGGUGUGACAUCGUGGGGUCACGGCUGCCGUGCGCAACACUCACCUGGUGUCUACACCAAAGUCUCCGCCUUCACCUCCUGGAUACACAAGGUGAUUGGACAAUGAGAGGGAUUCAUGAAGCAGAUUUCCAAAGUGAUUGGCCAGUGGCGAAGGACAGGUAGAGGUCUGCUAAUGAGGGCAGAGGUUGAAACGUGGAUGACUGACAGAACAAGCAGAAAGACAAUAUUCUGAGCUUUUGAUUUGAUUACAUGACAUUUGAAGAACACAUCAAAGAUGACUUUACAUACGUUGUGUUUUUAUUGGUCAGUGAAAGAAGUUGUUUCAUACCUGUCAAAAGGGUUGACCAAUCUCACUAAUCUAAUCUGUUUGUUAUAACUCCUCAAUUUCUCCUCUCUCGAUUUCUCCUCCCCCUUUCUCGAUUUCUCCUCUCCUAGCUCUCUGUCUUUCCUCGGUCACUCGUCUUCUAUCCUCUAAGUAUGUUACCUAUAUGCUCUUCGAAAGCACUUGUUUUAUUUAUCGAUUUGAAGUAUUAGUCAUUUGUUUUGUUUACUAUUUCAGUUUAGUCGACUCCUGGAUUGUUUCACUCAGUGGAGAUUCAAAUUUAGUUUACUACUCAAUUGAUUCACUGUUGGAGCUCCAGUAUGAGUUAGCUCCAGUAUGAGUUAGCUCCAGUAUGAGUUAGCUCCAGUAUGAGUUAGCUCCAGUAUGAGUUAGCUACAGUAUGAGUUAGCUACACUAUGAGUGAGUUACAGUAUAAGUGAGCUACAGUAUGAGUGAGCUACAGUAUGAGUGAGCUACAGUAUGAGUGAGCUACAGUAUGAGUUAGCUCCAGUAUGAGUGAGCUACAGUAUGAGUUAGCUACACUAUGAGUUAGCUACAGUAUGAGUUAGCUCCAGUAUGAGUGAGCUACAGUAUGAGUUAGCUACACUAUGAGUUAGCUACAGUAUAAUAUAGCUUGUCAAUUACAAACGUGUGCUUGCAAUCAAAGUAGAUUCACACGCGUGGUUACGGCCACAGGCUGGGGAGGAGCAGCAUGAUGUCGACUACCACACAUUAUAGUCCUUUCCACACUGCAUUGUUCUUAGCCCUGGGCUAGCUUAAGGAAGCUCUUAGCCCUGGGCUAGCUUAAGGAGGCUCUUAGCCCUGGGCUAGCUUAAGGAGGCUCUUAGCCCUGGGCUAGCUUAAGGAGGCUCUUAGCCCUGGGCUAGCUUAAGGAGGCUCUUAGCCCUGGGCUAGCUUAAGGAGGCUCUUAGCCCUGGGCUAGCUUAAGGAGGCUCUUAGCCCUGGGCUAAGGUGCAGUGUGAACACACCCAAUGUCAAGUCUGCAUAGUUAAUAAUGUUGAUGAAACGUGUAGAAGGAUUUACAAGAGACUGUUAUCUACCAAAUAGCUUGCGCCCAUUAGUCCACUUUCAAAUGAGCUAAAUCAGCAUUAGGAAUUUCUUUCUGAAUCCAGUACAAUGAAAUAGCUGACCUUUGGCUACUAAAACGCAGUCUGCCAAUAUCAAACACUGGCUCGCUGUAUAUACUAGAACAGUAUCGUAGAAAGUGAAAUGGAGUUCAUAAACCAUUGACAAAUGUGAAGCACCCACUUUCUCUCAGAAACAGAAUUUGUAGCUGUUAAAAUAUGAACCACAACGAAGCCACUUCACCACCAGUCCCAUGGGCAUCCUAACAUCAAGACAGCGGAACAGUUAUUAUCACUUUAAUUUGCAGCUAAUAUAAGAUGCUUGCUAAGUUUGCACAUGUUUGCAAGCCAAACACUCUUGAAUACAACCACAAAAACCUUAUCUUCCCUAGAAGUUAUUUAAAAUGUCAGAAGAGCGAUUAAAUCCUUUAGCUUUGCCUACUGGCGAGCUACGUAGCUGUAUAGCUGUAACGCAGUUGAUCGGUGAGAUUUCUCAAACAUACAGCUCCGGAAAAAAAUUAAGA